AUGCUCUACAGACACAGGCUCUACAGACACAGGCUCUACAGACACAGGCUCUACAGACACUACAGACACAGGCUCUACAGACACAGGCUCUACAGACACAGGCUCUACAGACACAUGCUCUACAGACACAGGCUCUACAGACACAGGCUCUACAGACACAGGCUCUACAGACACAGGCUCUACAGACACAGGCUCUACAGACACAGGCUCUACAGACACAGGCUCUACAGACACGGGCUCUACCGACUCUACAGACGCAAACUCUACAGACGCAGGCUCUACAGACACAGGCUUCUACCGACACAGGCUCUACAGACACAGGCUCUACAGACACAGGCUCUACAGACACUACAGACACAGGCUCUACAGACACAGGCUCUACAGACACAGGCUCUACAGACACAGACUCUACAGACACAUGCUCUACAGACACAGGCUCUACAGACACUACAGACACAGGCUCUACAGACACAGGCUCUACAGACACAGGUUCUACAGACACAGACUCUACAGACACAGGCUCUACAGACACAGGCUCUACAGACACAGGCUCUACAGACACAGGCUCUACAGACACAGGCUCUACAGACACAGGCUCUACAGACACAGGCUCUACAGACAAAGGCUCUACAGACACAGGCUCUACAGACAAAGGCUCUACAGACACAGGCUCUACAGACACAGGCUCUACAGACAAAGGCUCUACCGACACAGGCUCUACCGACACAGGCUCUACAGACACAGGCUCUACAGACAAAGGCUCUACAGACACAGGCUCUACAGACACAGGCUCUACAGACACAUGCUCUACAGACACAUGCUCUACAGACACAGGCUCUACAGACACAGGCUCUACAGACGCAGGCUCUACAGACGCAGGCUCUACAGACGCAGGCUCUACAGACGCAGGCUCUACAGACGCAGGCUCUACAGACGCAGGCUCUACAGACACAGGCUCUACAGACACGGUUUCUACAGACACGGUUUCUACAGACACGGUUUCUACAGACACGGUUUCUACAGACACGGUUUCUACAGACACAGGCUCUACAGACACAGGCUCUACAGACACUACAGACACAGGCUCUACAGACACAUGCUCUACAGACACAGGCUCUACAGACACAGGCUCUACAGACACUACAGACACAGGCUCUACAGACACAUGCUCUACAGACACAGGCUCUACAGACACAGGCUCUACAGACACUACAGACACAGGCUCUACAGACACAGGCUCUACAGACACAGGCUCUACAGACACAUGCUCUACAGACACAUGCUCUACAGACACAGGCUCUACAGACACAGGCUCUACAGACACAGGCUCUACAGACACAGGCUCUACAGACACAGGCUCUACAGACACUACAGACACAGGCUCUACAGACACAGGCUCUACAGACACAUGCUCUACAGACACAGGCUCUACAGACACAGGCUCUACAGACACAGGCUCUACAGACACAGGCUCUACAGACACAGGCUCUACAGACACAGGCUCUACAGACACGGGCUCUACCGACUCUACAGAUGCAAACUCUACAGACGCAGGCUCUACAGACACAGGCUCUACCGACACAGGCUCUACAGACACAGUCUCUACAGACACAGGCUCUACAGACACAGGCUCUACAGACACUACAGACACAGGCUCUACAGACACAGGCUCUACAGACACAGGCUCUGCAGACACAGGCUCUACAGACACUACAGACACAGGCUCUACAGACACAGGCUCUACAGACACAGGCUCUACAGACAGACUCUACAGACACAGGCUCUACAGACACAGGCUCUACAGACACAGGCUCUACAGACACAGGCUCUACAGACAAAGGCUCUACAGAUACAGGCUCUACAGACAAAGGCUCUACAGACACAGGCUCUACAGACACAGGCUCUACAGACAAAGGCUCUACCGACACAGGCUCUACAGACACAGGCUCUACAGACACAGGCUCUACAGACAAAGGCUCUACAGACACAGGCUCUACAGACACAGGCUCUACAGACACAGGCUCUACAGACACAUGCUCUACAGACACAGGCUCUACAGACGCAGGCUCUACAGACGCAGGCUCUACAGACGCAGGCUCUACAGACGCAGGCUCUACAGACGCAGGCUCUACAGACGCAGGCUCUACAGACGCAGGCUCUACAGACACAGGCUCUACAGACACAUGCUCUACAGACGCAGGCUCUACAGACGCAGGCUCUACAGACGCAGGCUCUACAGACGCAGGCUCUACAGACGCAGGCUCUACAGACGCAGGCUCUACAGACGCAGGCUCUACAGACGCAGGCUCUACAGACGCAGGCUCUACAGACGCAGGCUCUACAGACGCAGGCUCUACAGACGCAGGCUCUACAGACACAGACUCUACAGACACAGACUCUACAGACACAGGCUCUACAGACACAGGCUCUACAGACACAGGCUCUACAGACACAGGCUCUACAGACACAGACUCUACAGACACAGGCUCCCUGCUCCCCCUGACCUCCUUGCUCCCCCUGACCUCCCUGCUCCCCCUGACCUCCUUGCUCCUCCUGACCUCCUUGCUCCUCCUGACCUCCUUGCUCCUCCUGACCUCCUUGCUCCUCCUGACCUCCUUGCUCCUCCUGACCUCCUUGCUCCUCCUGACCUCCUUGCUCCUCCUGACCUCCUUGCUCUCUCUGACCUCCUUGCUCCUCCUGACCUCCUUGCUCCUCCUGACCUCCUUGCUCCCCCUGACCUCCUUGCUCCUCCUGACCUCCUUGCUCCUCCUGACCUCCUUGCUCCUCCUGACCUCCUUGCUCCUCCUGACCUCCUUGCUCUCUCUGACCUCCUUGCUCCCCCUGACCUCCUUGCUCCCCCUGACCUCCUUGCUCCCCCUGACCUCCUUGCUCCCCCUGACCUCCUUGCUCUCUCUGACCUCCUUGCUCCUCCCUGACCUCCUUGCUCCCCCUGACCUUCUUGCUCCCCUUGACCUCCUUGCUCUCCCUGACCUCCUUGCUCUCCCUGACCUCCUUGCUCCCCCUGACCUCCUUGCUCCCCCUGACCUCCUUGCUCUCUCUGACCUCCUUGCUCCUCCCUGA